UAACACCGGCAGGUUUUUGACAACUAUUAUUGUGAAUAACAGGAGUUUAAAGAAGAGGAACUGCAAAGUGUGCUGCGUUGCUGUUUUUGCCCGUGGAAGUCCGAUUAAUCAUCAAAAUGUCUGAUAAGCCUGUUGAGAAAGUUGGUCGCCCCAUGAAGUACCCGUAUACUUUCAGCGCAAAAAUCGCUCAAUUUCCGCUAAAACACUACAUUCAGAAUCAAUGGAUUUGGAAAUAUUAUUUCAUUGCUUUUGGUCUGUGCAUUCCAGUAUUCUAUAAAAUCAGCAAAUUAGCAAACUCGCCCGCAAACAAACAAAAAUGGGCCGAGAGCCAGGCCAAGGAAGCUGCAGAACAUCAUUAAAUUGAAAGGAAUAUCACUGGUCAUUUGAUAUAUAAUUAAUUUAUAAAUUUUUGAAAAUAUGUUCAGGAAUAAAUAGCGUAUUUUUGAACCUCACAACAACAAUUGGAGUUCAUGCAAGAUAAAAUAUUUCGUUUAGAUGGAUGCAGAGAAAUUUUGAUCCAUUAAUUAUAACUGGUAGGAAUAAAAUGUAAAAACCGUCAUGUGUCGAGUUACAUACACAGUCACUCAAUAAAGUGUAGGUACAGCGAAUUUCUUACAAUA